UUCUCUUUUAUUCUGUCUCUCUGCAGCCCCGAGAGGACGCAGAGGCUGGAAGAAGUUUUAUGCCGUGCUGAAGGGGAUGAUUCUCUACCUGCAGAAAGAUGAGUAUAAGCCUGAUAAAGACCUGUCAGAGGUGGACCUGAAAAAUGCAGUACGGGUUCACCAUGCUCUUGCUACUAGGGCCUGUGACUACAGCAAGAGACAGAACGUCCUCAAACUCAAGACCUCUGACUGGAGGGUCUUCCUACUGCAGGCCCCGAGUGAAGAGGAGAUGAUGUCAUGGAUUUUCAGGAUUAAUCUAGUUGCGGCUCUUUUCUCUGCUCCUGCUUUUCCUGCCGCCAUCGGCUCCAUGAAGAAAUUCUGCAGACCACUGCUGCCAUCAUCCACCACUAGACUCAACCAGGAGGAGCAACUGAAGUCCCAUGAGAACAAACUGAAGCAGAUCUCUCUGGAGUUGGAGGAACACAAGAGAAGCCCACCGGAUCUGACACCCAAGAGCAAAGAAUCAGAAGAGUAUCGAAUCAAAGAGCACUAUUUAUCCUAUGAGAAAUGUCGCUAUGAGACAUACGUCAGCCUCCUGCAGGCCAAGUUCCGUGCGGGAAGUGACGACUUGGAUAAGAUUGAAGGCAGUUUGUUUAGCGGGGAGGGGAAAGAAGGUUACCUGCGCAAAACUCAGUCUAGCCCUUCAAUCAGCCAAAGUCAAGGGGUUAAUGGACGGGCCAGUCAUAAACACACCCCAGAGCACAAUAGCUGAAGAGCCUUCUUUGACCUCUGAACUCAUGUGACAGACUCCUGUCUGACUCCGACUGCAGUGGGUUUUCAACUGAGAGACAUACAAACGUAGCAGUAUAAUAUCAUUAUUAUUUCAAUGUACAGUAAAUUUAUUAUGACCAUUAUAUGUAUUAUUAAUAUUAUUAUUACAAACAUUGUUAAUAAUACUAUGAAUAUUAUUAUGUGCCAAAUAUGAAAAAAUGAGGAGACCAAGACUGUAAAAGUGGGAAGAAAUGAAAACACUGCAUAUACUGUCAAGAGAAAGUGAACUGCAGCAUCACAAAUGUGUUUUGCAAGAUGCACUGUGACAUGCAGCCACGUUGUGAUGUCAUUUAGAACUUUACUAUGACAUCACAUUGUCAUACAAAGAUUUUAAUUUAGAUUAAAGGGACAGUUCACCCAAAAAUUUAAAUUCUGACAUCUUACCUUUACAAACCUCUAUGAUUUUCUGUCUUCUGUCAUUAAAAAAGGUAUUUUGAAGAAUGUUGGAGUCCAACAUUCAACAUCAGACCCCAUUUCUUUUCAUUGUAUUGUCAAAAAAACACUGUCUGAGACAUUUUCCAAAAAUAUCUUCUGUGGAAAGAAUGUCAUACAGUUUUUGUGUAUUUCAUUUUCAGUUUCAAUUUUGGGAGAACUGUCCCUUUAAGAACCAUGUUAUGAAGACAAAAAAAAAAAAAAAAACUUAUGACAUCACAAAGAAACAAUGUGAUGGUUUAAGAAUUUAAAUAUGACUUGUGUCAUUUUUUUAAUGUUAAAAUCUCAGUUUAAUAUGCAGAGACAACAAUGAUUUUGAAGUAAAUAUUUCCCUCAAUAAGUUUGACCAGCCUGACAUGACAAUAGUACAACCAAUAGCAUCAGUUUGACCAAUGGCAGACAGGGAGUGCUCUGAAAAUCAGUUUGAAAAGUUGUUGCAAUUCCUUAGUGGUGCAGAAAUGAAACACUUCACCUUUAAAUAAUUCAUGACAUUACUUAGCAGUGUUUGACAUUCUUUAUGACAUCACAAUGUGUCUAUCCUAAGGCUGCGGUAAUGGCUUCCUGAUUGUCAGGUCUAGUUUAGAUGUAGCAUUUGAUGUACUUGUGAGACGUUCACAGUAUCAGCCUCACGAAGUAGCCAGUUUAAGGGCUUUGCCACACGCUGGGGUGCAUGUAAAGAUUUAUGUGGGCUGUCUGUAGUGUUAAACAACUACCCCUUUGUAAUUAUUUAUUAUAUUUAUGAAUUGUAAAUUUAUUUCUCUUUUUGGAGCCAAUAUAGUGGACUACAGGAAGACGCUUGUAAAGAUGAAUACAUUUGACCCUUGAUUAGUUUAACCCACACCAUUGUGUUUUGUUUAUUUUAAACUCAUUUAACUAAGGAGCUGAUGGUUGAUGAUGGAUCCAUGGAUAUAACGGAUGUUGGAAAGUGCAGUGUCUUAACAUGGGACAGGGUAUGUAAUUGUAUGCGCACAAGCAAGGAAAGCUGAGCCUGAGUAUGCAAUGAAGAAGAGGAAGAACAUUUCGGACUUAAAGUGACACCCUCAUUUUCUCUAUUCAGUGGACCACAAAACCUUUGUGUAUCUAUGUGCCUGCAGAAAAUUCAACCUGGACUGAACAUUGAGCAGCAGGGCUGCAAACAACAUGCAAUGAAUCUCUCAGCCUCUUCAUCUGAAUCACUGUAGCCAACCCAAAUGUCUCAGUCCUGGAAAAGUGUCACUUUUGAAGAAGAUAGUUGUUCAUGAGCCACCAAAUAGGACCCUGAAACUUAACGGUACAAACUUUGAGCAAGUACAAGUAGAUUUUUAUAGUCCUGUUGUAAAGCAUGAGGACAGUGAAAAUGAGAGAAUGAGCUUUCGGCUCUUUUAUGCUUUAUGGAUGUUGGAGUGAUGUAAGAGCUGCAAUUUUAUACAUUCUUAGUAAUGGCUUUCUUAAAGGGACCUCUAUAGCCUACUUUUCGCUUUGGCUGUUGUGCUAACAUGAUUUUCCCAUUUAGGGUAGAACUAAGAUGCUGUUGUAAUGAAAUAUUGUGAUGAUUAUUUAUCUCCCAUGUGGAAGGAAUCCCUGUGUUUCAUCUCAUUUAAAUACUCCUUGUUCCUGUUACACAGGUUAGGAUCUCAUUUGCUAAGUGUUUCGUUUAUUAUUUCUUAUAAAACUGGUAUAUCAUUGAA